AUGAAACAGAAAUACAAAGUAGAAGAAAAUCAGCAAAAUAUACAAAGUACUCAAAAUCUAAGUUCUAGAAUAAAUCCUAAUAAACAAAAAGAAGUCAAUAGAAGCAAUGACAAUCUCGAACCUCAAGUUAGUACUAAAAGACAUCUGAAAGACAUUAGUAAUGAAUAUACAACUAAUGUGAACAGA